UCUCUCGUUGAAAAGAAGGGAUGAAUACUGAGUGAGAGUGUCACUCAGAUCGAAUAGAUAUCGAGAAUAAAAUCUAGAUAAAAAAGUAUAAACUAUAUUCUAAUAAUUCUAAAUCUAUUCUAGAUCUAAAUAAAAUUAUCCGAUUAGCAAAAUGAUUACAUCAAGCAGAAUUUUAAGAGGGGUCUUCAAGUUGAAUGCAAGAUGCUUUUCCUCUCUUGAUGUCAACACUGUUGACCUUCGAAGUGACACUGUAACAAGGCCAACAGCAAAGAUGCGAGUGGCCAUGAAAAACGCCUUAGUUGGAGAUGAUGUUUAUGAAGAAGAUCCUACAGUUAACAAACUUCAAGAAACAUGUGCCAAUCUUUUGGGGAAAGAGGCUGCACUUCUUGUUCCAACCAACACAAUGGCAAACAUAGCUUCAGUGCUUGUUCAUUGCAAUGGGAGAUUUAAUGAAGUAAUACUAGGAGAAGAUUCUCACAUGUUGAUGUAUGAGGUGUCUGGGCUUGCACAGCUAGGAGGUAUUCAAGGCAGAAGUGUAGCUAAUCUCCCAGAUGGCACACUGGACCUAAAAGCAAUCAAGUCUAAGAUUCGUCCCAUGACUGAUGUACACCAGCCCUGGACUAGAGCUAUAUGUCUUGAGAAUACACAAAACAGAUGUGGAGGCAAAGUUUUAACUGUAGAUUAUGUUCAACAGGUACAGAAGCUUGCCAAAGAUCAUGAUUUAUCUGUACAUUUAGAUGGUGCACGAUUAUUCAAUGCUGCAGCUGCUCUGAAAGUAGAAGCCAAAGAUUUUGCCCAGCAUGUUGACUCUGUUGCUAUUGCAUUUAGUAAAGGUUUAUGUUGCCCUAUUGGAGCAGUCAUGGCUGGGACUAAAGAUUUUAUUGCACAGGCUAGAAGGACCAGGAAAGCACUAGGUGGGGGGAUGAGACAGGCUGGUGUUAUAGCUGCACCUAUGUUGGUGGCACUAGAAGAAACAUUGCCUAAACUUAGGGAAGACCAUGAGAAAGCCUAUAGGAUAGCUGAAGCCAUUACAGCCAUGAAAGGUAACUCCAUCUGUAGUGUAGAUAUCAAGGGUGUCCAAUCCAAUAUUGUAAUGAUUGAUAUUCUUGAGAGAGUUUGUCCACUAAAGUUCAUUGACAGAAUGAAACAGGUAACUGACAAGGAAAAGAAAUCCCUCGGCCAAUCUAUUUCUGUAUUGAUGACAUUAUUUUAUGAAAGAAAAGUUCGCUACGUAACACAUCAAGAUGUUAGCCAUGAAGAUGUGGACAAAGUUAUAACCAAGUUACAGUAUGUUAUAGAAGAAUUAGCAUCAUAGCACUCAUUUUUACCUUUUUUUGUGACUGCUGGUGUAGCAUAAUGGUUCAAGGUUGUGGGUGGUAUUGAGGUUGUUAGUCAGAUUGACAUACACUAUAUUCAUAUAAUCAGAAUAUUGAUUAAAAGGUAAUGAUUAUUAAUGGAUAAGUAUUCUUAAAAAUUGAUGAUUUGGCCUAAUGUUUAAAUUAAUAAUUAUUUUUGAUAAUUUUUUAAAAUCAGAAAUUUAAUGCUGAAUUUUUUUUUUAAUAAUAUCUAUAUACUUCCUAUGUUAGGAAAGAUGAUAUAAUAUUUACACAAAUACAGAACCAGAAAAAGAAGAAGGAUUUUAAAAAUUGUCAGAAAAUAAAAAUAAUUACAUGAUGAAAGUAUGAAGAAAACAUUCUUUAAGAGUAGCAUGGUAUAAUAACCAGAUGAUUGUAAUUAUCAGUAUUAUCACUAAAAAUAGGUUAAUUUUGAAAUGCAUUUAUUUCUUUUUAUAUGAAAAACAGAUAUAUUAUUCAAUAAUUUGUUCUCAUCUUAGAAAUCAUCGCUGGUUGAGCUCAGAUUUUAGAAAAUAACAAAUAUGUCCACACCUACAUGCAACAGUGUAUUUUUCCAUCUUGACAAUUCUUAAUCCUGGUAUUUGGUAAUUCUUUGUUGUCUUAGUAUUUCCCCUUUAUCAAGAGAGUGGUGUUCUUGAAGAAACUUAUUUCUUCUUUUAUUCCUUUUGCUUUGGAUUUGUUGGUUUACUUCAACAUUAUGUUUGUCUUUCAUUACCACCAAGAAUGUCCUUUUCCAAUUGUUGUUUUAUGCUGUCUGCAAUCUUUGUUGCUUAAGAAAGUUUAAAACUUGUCUUCUAGAUCAACAUUGUGUGUAAUGUUUGGAAUGCACUGUAAAUGUUCUCUUUCUUCCCAGCUUUUCCACCAGACUUUUGUUGUCAGCCCAACAUUCUUUCCAGUAUUUCCAACACUUUUACUUACAGAGUUGUCUACCAGACAAGUCUCAGCUACUUCAUUUCCUGUACAUUUAUAUGUACAUUGUUGUCUACUGGUUCUGUAUUCUAACUUAACUUGGUUUUGUGAAACAGACAGAUUGCUGAGUGUUCCGAAGAUCUAAUUAAAGAAAACAUAAUUAGUUCCUUUACAUUCUUUCAUCUCUACAUCAUGACCUCCUGAGCUUUCUGGAAAUUGUUCACUUCACAUGCGGGUCAGUUUUGGUUGCCAUGGUACCAAAUAACUUUCUUUGUUAACAUUUAUGAAUAAAACACACAUGAAUAUGUCACACUGCCAGGUCACCAGUAGAGUUCAUGUCAUCCAAGCCGUCUAUUUCAAUACCCUGUAAUUUUACUUCAAGGGUUUCAUCUUUUUAAAUUAGCAUCUUUUUCAUUCUAAUAAAUUGGAAGGAAAUUUGUUUUUAAAUUGUCAAAACAUUUAUCCAUGUCUACUAAACAUUUGAUUAAGACACAACUCUAAAUACCUCUUCUUUAGAAUUUUUUUUUCCUUUUUUUUUUUUUGGUUUCAGUAGUUUCCUUAGAUUAAACAAUGUUGAUACACCCUUUACUUAGUCACGGAUACUUCAUGUUGAUACACCCUUGACUUAGUCACGGAUACUUAAUCUUGAUUUACUGAAUUCUUUGAUCUAGAUACAGUUAAGUAAAUGAGAGUAGCUAUGUGAAGAUUUUUCCAGACAAAAUGUUUUUAUAUUCAGUUCACUUGCAUAUGUCAGUACAUAUUUCUGUGCAGUGGGUUUUAUUAACAAUAGCCAUAUGGUAACCUGCAUAAGAGUAGUUUUAUUCAAUAUUCUGUUGUAUGUAAAAAAUAUAUAUAUAUAGCUCCUCCUUCGUGGUCGUAGAUGAGCACAUUUCACAUUUCCUAUAGACUCUAAGGUGGCUGUAAAGUCCAAUCUUCGCUUUAAAAAGCCGGCAUAACUACUGUUUGACAUAGGCCUACUGGUCUGUAAGAACUACAGUAGGAAAAUAGGGGACACAUUACAUGUCUAUAACAAUAAAAGUCUGGAAGGAAACAAUCUCUUCCAGUUUAAGCCUUACUGGCUUCUAUGUAAAAUUGCUAGGUUAGUCUUGACAGUGUGUCUGCUAGAAAAUUGUUGCGGCCUUCAAUGUGUACAAUGUCGAAGUGGAAGUUUUGAAGCAUAAGUAGUGACCAGCGGCAGGUUCGAUUGUUUUGAAAUUUACAAGACUUCAAAUAAGACAAUGGUCUGUGGUCGCACUGGAUUGUGAAUUUAGUUCCACUGAGAUACUUGUCUAGACGUUGGACACUCCAGACGAUUGACAAACAUUCCCGCUCAAUGCUGGCAUAAUGCCGCUAUCUAGGCAAAAGCUUUCUGCUGAGGUACUUUACCGGUUGAAGGAUGCCAUCCACCUGCUGUAACAAGCAACAAGCUAUUCCCUUGUCGGAUGCAUCUGUUUGGACAAUAAAAGGACUGUUAGGGUUUGAUAAAAUUAAAAUAGGAGAAGAGGACAGGCAAGACUGAAUCUUCUUCAAUGCCAAGUCGCACUCAGGACUCCAGGUGACCCUCGUGGGCCUUCCCUUUCUCAUCAAUUGGGUGAGGGGAAAUACAUUGUCAGCGAAUGAUGGAAUAAAUUAGCUGUAAUAAUUGGCUAGACCUAAAAGAGAUCUAACUUCUUUCUUAUUUGAGGGGAACCUAAGGUCCAUAAUCUUUUCGAGAUUUUUGAGGUCUGGUUCCAUUUUAUCCCCGCCAGCAGCAUGACCCAAGAAGGUGAUUUUGAAGAAUCCCAGGUCCAAUUUCUCUGGUUUAACCGUAAGAAGUCUAGUCAUUACUUGCGCUAUAGACAUUAAAUGGCUUUCCCAGUCAUCAUUAUAAACUAGCAUGUCAUCAAAAUAGAAAAUAACAUUUGGUAAUCCUUGUAAGACAUUACGAAUUGUUCUAUUAAAAAAACGUGGACUGUUAGCAAGACCGAAGGGGACGUAUUUAAACUGAAAGUGUCCAUUUGGGACCUUAAAAGCAGUAUAUUUGGGGCUACUUUCCUCUAUGAGCAACUGCCAAAAUCCUUUUGUUAGAUCGACUUUUGUGAAGUAUUUGGCCAAAUUUGAACAAAUACAUCUUCUGGGUCUGGAAUUACUUCAACAUCGAACUUAGUGAUUGAGUUUAAUUGCCUAUAGUCUACGCAUAAUCUUAGCGACGAAUCUUUGUUCUUAAUUAUCACGACGCAUAUGGUGACUCUGAUUCUUCUAUUAUAUCAAAUUUUAACAUAUUUUUUUAUUUCUUUAUCUAAAUUUUCCCUCAUAUGGAUAGGGACAGUAUAUGGUCUUAGGUUAAUAGGCUUGUUUGACGUGACCUCUAUUCUAAAUUCUUUAACAUUUGCCUUUCCGGGGAUAUCUGUUAUUAGUUCUUGACAGUGUUUAAGAACACGAACAAUGUUGUUAUGUUGCAAAUCAUGAAGUUCCUUGUUUAUUUGAACAUGUUGCAGACCACUAUUUCCGGUGACUUCAAAAGUAAGUCAAUCUGCUAAACCGCAGUCCUUCCUGGUCCUCUUCUACAUCACUGAUGACAGCUGUGACGCAGUCUGUUAAUAAUUGGUCCUGUUUGUUUUCACUUACUUUGUCUGACCUAGCAUGGUUUUUUACAAGUCUAUUUAUGUGGUACACUUUUAGUUUGUUUCCUUUCCUAAUGGUGUAGUUCAGGUUAGAAUUUUUCCUCUCUUCUUUAGAUAUUUAUAACAUAACUUCGAUAGUGUCUAGUAUUUGUCACUCCACUGACAUUAAAGCCAUGCUAAGCCCUUCUGGCGUCAUUGUGCUCCUGAGAUAGUUUUUGAUUAACUUAGCUUUGAGAAUGAUCUUUCUUAUGACGCAAUGGAAGUGGCCUGAGUUAGCAGUAUUCGGAUGGAGGUUGCAAGGUUUGAGCACAAGUUAUUACCAUAUGAAGCCUGCUUUUCAAUAUGUCAAUUUGUGAUUGUGGUUUGUUGAUGAAAAGUGCUUGUGCAUCAAUGACAUCAUUGAACUAGCGAUUUGCUUGUAUUUCAUCAUGCAAACAGGAAAAAGUCACACAGUUUUUCAUUAGCGUGUCAUCAUCUAUAGACUCGAAGAGGUGUCUUGGUUCAAGAAGAAACCCAAAGGUGUCCACAUAGUUUUCCAGCCUUUGGAAUCUGUCCUUCAUCUCCAUAUGAAGUCUGUGUAGCACUUCUGUCGCAACUCGUUUGAACUGCAGUUCUAUUGACAGUCAGAACUCAACUCCCCAUCAAGUCUUUUCUUUCUUCUGGUUAUUUUGAUUACAGGAAUUCAAUAGCAUUCACUACCUUCUUUUGAUUUUUCGAUGGAUUGGGUGAUCAGUUUCGUCAGUUUCUCAUCAUUUUGCAGAAAUCAUGAAAGGGUUUUAAUUUCUUCAGCAGCUUCCCUUAUGUCCAGUCCAGACCAUUGUAGUUUCUUCUUUCAGUUGUUGAUUCAAAAAGUUUCUCCAACUGUUUGAUGAUUUUAUCGAGAUGCAAGGAAACUGCAGAUGUAGCUUCUUCUCUUGCCGACCACCUUGUAUUACUCUCCAAGCUCCAAUUUUGCUCAUCUCUGAGGGAAAUAGGAAAAAGAAGUUGAACAAUUCAUGUAAAGUUUCAAAAAAAAAGGUGACAAUUGGUGGAUUUAUCUCAGCAGAAUGCAGAGAGUGAUCAUCACAGUUGAGAAAUGUUGUCUUUCAUUUAUGUCUAAGAGAUUAUCAUAGGUUUGACCUCUGCACAGAUCGACGUCCUAUCCAAUGUCUUUAACUUAAGAGUUUUCAGAAUAAGUUUUUCAUAAUGUUGUCCAUCGGGGUUCACAAUUUCAAAGUAACCAAUGUAGGACUUCUUUAUUUCAAAAUUAUCUACAUCCAAGUAACGAACUAUUAGAGAUACCUGUUCUUGAUGAGAAACAUCUGGGGUGAAUCAAGCAUAAGAGAAAAGUAACAAACUUGCUUGACUUUCCUUAGAAUAGAUUCCCUAACUUUAUUGCCCAUCAAGUUUAUGAACUCAUUUUGAAUUUCUGGUGACAAAUAAUGUGUCUACCCAUAUUCGAUUCUAUGUAACUGGUGCAUCGUAACUUCAUCACAUUCUGCAAGAAAUUUCAAAGAUGCUAGGAUCGGGCUAAUUCAGUUAUUCGUUGUGACCACGUAAGCUUGAGUUUGUUUUUGCUAAGUGCUUUAUAGCUGCUGCUACACGCUUCAGAAUUUUUACCUUUACCUAUCCCUUAGUCUGUUGGACCGUUGGGGCACCAGGCAAGACUUUUCGACCGUCUUUCUCCAUUCCUCUCUUUUUUUGCUUUGUUUAGAACCUCUCUCAAUGGCAGGCCCGUCCAUUCUUUAAUGUUGUCCUCCCAUCGCUUUUUCUGUCUGCCUCUUCAUCUUUUGCCUGGCACUGUUCCCUGAAGGAAGGUCUUUGUGAGCCCCGUAGAUCUUGUAAUGUGGCCGUAGGUUUUAAGCUUUCGUCUUUUUACAAUAGUUAGCGGGUCAUCAUGGGCUCCGAUCGCUUCAGAAUAUCUUUCUAAUAUUGCUGAUUUUUCAAAAUUUGCGCAUGAAACAUAUGUGACAGUUCAUCUGGUUCUGCCUUAAGUUUUUCUUCUUCUAACUUCCUCUUCAAAACAGCUUGCCCUUCUUCAUGUUCUUUGAGGUUUCUUCCAUUUGGUGAAACCAACUCCAGGUUUGAUCAAUGUGCUAGAUGUCUUUUCAGAGGCCUCAGAAAACAGUACACAUGUAAAACAAAAUUAGAGAGAGAAGAGGAGCCAAGAUCGGUUGCAAAUUUCUUCUGUUGGAAGCUUUCUAGUGAACCAUGAUGUCAAACUUUGUGAUUUAUUUUGGGUAAACUCUACUGGAAACAAAUAUCGUGCAUCUUUGUUUUGAAAAAAAUAAGCUCCCCUUAAACAGAAUGUUCGCUCGCAGAUAAAAUCUAUCCGAACGUGUACUUAACUUCUUCCACUUCUGGAGAAAGUGAACUUGGAAGACCAUCACUUGGCUCAUCAUCUGUAUCAUUUACUUCAGAGGUUUUCUCUGACUCUGGUAAAAGGUAUUGCCCUGGAGUCUCUUCAGCACUUCUCUCAUCAAGAGACAUUUUCACUUCUUCGACUACUGUAUGAAUCAUCAUCUAAGUGAUACUUUUCUUCGUAGCAUUCAUGGUCUCCUUUUGUUUUCAGUGCUCUGAUCAGGUUUCUUCUUCAAUGAUAAGAGUUCAAACACGGCACUAUCGUGAUGAAUCUAAUAGAACGAGCCGGCCCGCGGCUGGAUGGUGAAAUAAACUUACCCUAUAUACUAAGUUACUUCCUGAGAGUAACACAGCACUAGUCAGCGUCAUGGAAGAUACUCCUUGAAAUUGUGAGUAAUCCCGCACGGAAAGCGUUAAUACUCUGUGUGGAAUACAUACAACAGUGUCACUAACUUAUAUAACAACGUGAAAAGCAAGAUUACAUGACAGUGGCGUAAUAUUCAAUUUAUUUAAAAACAAAUUUCGGACACACAAGUGGAGGCCCGGGGGGGGGGGAUUUUUAAAUUCUCCCCCCUCCCCCCCCCCCCCCACCUUAGCUACGCCACUGCUUGUCAUAAUAUUUUUUUUACUCGUUCUUAUGUUUGGUGUCAUUGGAGAGAGAGCGACUCUUAACGUGGUGCAAAGGCGACUGUUCAGUUCAAGGAGAUAUCCAUAUACGUUUCUCGUUUCCUGUUCUAUAAAUUCAUUUGUGAAACACAUUUUUACUCAUAGACAUAGGUGCCCUUACUUUUCUACCGUAAACCAUUUCCUAAGGAGAAACACCUGUGGUAGCUGUCACAGGUGUUUUGUCUAGAAUAUAGCACAGGUGUAUUUGCUUUGAAUACGUCGCGAGAUCUCGUCUUGUUGAUAUAGGUGCUGAAGAAGUGCUAAUUCGUUGAUGGUGCUGAGAGGUGCUAAAAUAGUAGACCUUACUUGAAGAUGUCAGCUGAUAAGAUGAAUUACUGUGACGUGCCGGGGAUUCUAUAUCUUGUACAUCUCUAGAUCUGAUUAUUAUCUAGUAGACUGAAUAAGUGAAGAUCCUUUUAAAUUCAAUUACAGAAACUUUAAUUCAUAACUUGAAAUCACGUAACGUAUAAUACAGUAUUUACAAUGGUAAACUGUAUCAAAUAUAAAACAUUCCAAUUAACUACUAGAUUUAGUAUAAGUACAAAACUGAUCUCUAUUAGUUCUAACUCAAGAGUAAUCUACGUCCUAGUUCUAUCAAACUCACAUGUCGACUGAAGAUUCCAGAUUCUAUAUUCCGAGUCUUUGUUCUCCCCUCGUGUCUGUUUUCUUCGAGUGGAGUAAACAAUCAAAUUAUAGUUUCCUGUCACGUGAUAAGUGCGUUACUAGCUUGAUUGGCAGAUGUCACUGACGUCAUAGGAAAAAAAAACAAUUUGACCUUCAACCUCGACUUGCAUUUAUUCUAAAUUAUUAAAUAUGUUUUUUUUUAAUUAACAAAAUAUUGACAUUGGUACGUGACAUAAUACCCCCCCCCCCCGGCUCUCUUUAGCAUUUUGUGUAGAAUAAAAAAAAUGCGUAUGUUAAUCCACAUGCAAAAGUUAUGCCACAUUAGAAAUAUAAUAUAUGCCACAUAUGUUCUUGAAGUCUGCCAAAAGCAGCACUGGCACGAGCAACACGGAAGUCAAUCUUAUGAGAAAUGGAACAAAAUUGCAAAGCAUAUCGAACGAAAUCAAAAUGACAUUGUCAUGUAAAGAUAAAAUUACUUAAGUACAUCUUGAUAAUCUAUCAGCGAAGACAUUCAUGUGUCCUGGCAUUUUCUUGACUUCGAACUGGUUAUCCAUGAGCUGUAAACUCCAACGAGUCAAUCGUUCGUUCGCCAUCUUUUUCGAGUUCAGGAAAGCUAGCGGUGCAUGGUCAGUAAGUAACACCAUCACGUGUAGACUGCUCACAUUCAUGCCUGGGAACAAUAAACAAAGGGAUAUAACUCUUCCAUACUAAAAUAGUAACAAAGAAAUAACACAUUCACUCUCACAAUACUCCUUAGACAGCGUAGGUGGAAGGAGUUUAGUCUUUUUGGUGUGACUGGAAUAUAGGGUCCAGGACUCAGAUGUAUAUAGGAGUGACGGGAGGACUACAGCACUGUAGAAUUUCACUUUUGUGGCUAUGCUGAGUCCUCUCUGUUGCCACACUUGUUCUUGAAGUCUGCCAAAAGCAGCACUGGCACGAGCAACACGGAAGUCAACCUCAUCAUCUAGGUUGGCGUUUGCUGAUAUGGUGCUUCCCAGAUAGACAAACGUUUUGACGUUUGCUAAUUUCUGGCCAUCUAUGAGAAUGUCUGGUUUUGUGAUUAUUUAUUUGGAGAAGGUUGAUGCAGCACUUCUGUCUUUUUAACAUUUAUGGUGAGGCCAAAAUUUAUGCAGGCGUUAGCGAAGAGGGACAGGCUCUUUUGAAAGUCUUCUUUGUUUGCGGCAUUUAGGGCACAGCUAUCUGCGAAUAGCAGGUCUCUGAUGCAGUCGUAGUUUACCUUGGUCCUUGCCUUGAGUCUCUGAGCAUUGAAAA